CCUGGAAUCUUCCCUAUUGCUUUCACUUUUUGUUUUGUUUAUAAAGGUGCCAGCAGUAAGUGACCAUCAGCACUUACACCUGGUGCAAAUAUGGCAGAUUCUUCAAAAACUUCAAAAACUUAUGAAACAAGACAGAAAACAAUCAGAGACAAGCCUGCAAUAAAAUCUAAUAUUGACUGGAGCCGUACAAAGAAGCAUAGUAUUUCCCUACUUAUUGACUCAGAUGAAUCGAACACCGAUGACGAGGUGAAUGAAAAUGAGGAUCUAGAUGGGAGUGGAGGCAGCAGUGACUCUUCACAAGAAAUGAAUGAAAUGGAACAAAAAAAAGAUGCUGCCUCUGACAAGGAAAAUGAAGUAAAACAACAGCAAAAAGAGGUUGCCUCGGAAGAGGAAGACACGGUGGUAACAUCAAAACAAAAAAGAAAGCACUCAGUCAUGAAUAGCAGUGACAGUAGUUCAGACAGUGAUGAUGCCAUAGGAAAAGUGGUUGCCAGACGUAAGUUUGUUAUAGAUGAAGAUGAUGAGAAAUGUGAGAACAGAAAGGGAACAUGCUUAAACAUAGAUGAACACUCAGCAGAGAUUGAAGAGGCCUGUGAAGAUGAAGCAUCUGAGAGGAAAAUCAAGAGGAGAAAGAACCUGGAGAACCUUAAAUGCCUUGCUCGAAAGAGACGUUCUCGAAGUGGGUCGCAUAGCUAUAAUGAUGUCGAGGAGGAUGACCAAGAUACGGUAUCUUCCAUAAGCAACCAACAAUCGGAUAAUGACGUGAUGAAUGAGGAUAAUGACAGUAUGGAUGACUUCAUAGUGAAGGAUGAUGAAGAUUUACAAGGGCCCAUUGCUGAAACUGGCCAUCGGGACUUGUUUUCAAAGUUUCAUAUUAAUAUGCCAAGAGACAUUUGCUCCCACCUAAAAAGGAUAAUCAACGCUCUACUUAUCAAUGCUAUCGAUACCAAAUUUCUCAGUUCACUGUAUGAUAGAAAGAGGAGUAAGAGGUAUGCAAAAGAGAUGUUGGAUUCCUUGGACCAUGUAGACAAACGUAUUAUAUCACCACGUCUUGUAAACCUCACAACUAGAAGUCGAUGGAGUAAUCGUUAUAAGGAAAGGGUAGAAUGUUACCCACAACUCAGAGUACGUUCGGCUAUGGCAAAGGACCAGCCCUGUCAGGCUUGUGAAAUGCAUCGAUUCUGUAAAUAUAAUGUCACACUUUCAGGGGUGUCAUAUAACAAUGAAACCUUGGAGAAAGAUGAGUUUCUGCCAAAUGAUAAACAGGUGUUGAAGGUCGGCAAUGUGUGUGCUAGACGGACAGAAGUAUAUCAUCAGCUUAAGCAUUUUAAAUACCAUCUUUACCAGAGAUGCAUUGCAGCCAUCGAGGAGAUCCCUACAGAUGACAAAUCCACCAAGGAAUUAGUGGAAAUGUGUUUGUCGAAAUUGGAAGAGGAAGGCUUUAUUCAAGAGAAUGUUGAUCGACUUAACGAUUAUCUGGACUCAGCGGACUUCUUUCAGGACGAAAAGAUAGACUGAUUGUUCUCCAGCAUUUUCAUUGUCUGAAAACACAUGAGUUAUGAAUAUGUAUACACAUUGAGCUUUUUUAUAUGUAAUACAGAAAUUAUUAUUUUUUUACAUUUGGUCAUUGUGUCCUCAUUAUUAAUGUAAUGUAUACUCUCCUUUCCUGUUCAGAGGCCUUCAAUUCAUUAAACCACCCAACAGAAAAAAAAGAGAAACUUUUUUUCAUCUCACCCAGAAAACUUU